GUGCUUGCAAGCUCAGUCACAUUCCCGUUGAGACACCGACCUGGCAGUAUUUAUCCGCCACGUGAUCUCUCCAGCCAAGCACCACCUCACACACUUCGUACCUCAAAAAAAAAAAAAAAAACCACCUGUCGAUUUUCCAAAUUCACAUAGUCAAUUAAAAAUUAAUAACAGCAACAAAAUGGUUUCAGUCCGAGUUAUGGCAUGUUUUGGAAUAGUUCUCAUAACUCUUGUUCACUGGUCAACAAGUUACCCAACGGUUGAUAAGGAGAGUCUUCAAAAUGAACUUGAAGCUUACGACGAUAAUGGACCCGAGAACGCUGCAUUGUUGUACAAACUUUUGAGACGACUUGGAACGCAGUUGGCUGUUGGUGAAUUGCAACGAAAACGCAGUUACUGGAAGCAGUGCGCCUUUAAUGCGGUGUCAUGCUAUGGCAAGUAGGCUAAAACAGAGAAUAAAAGAGCAAAAUUAUAACAACAAACAAAAAAAAAGAAUUCCGUCUUUCUCUCAUUCCCCUUUUGUCGUCCAGUCUUUAACUAUAAUAAAUCAAUGUACUUCCAAUUCUUAUUUAAUAAAAAGAACAACAUACCAUUUUCAUUCCACUUUAAAAUUGUAUACACGUGAGAAGUAUUUCUGAAAAAAAAAGAAAUUAUUAAUGAAAGAACCAAAAAAAAAAAAAAAAUGAGAAACAAAUAAAAAUCAGAUCCCAAAGAAAAAUAGAUUUUUUCCU